AUGAAAGAGAGCAUACUUUUACAAUGUAAGAGACGACUACAUAGUUUCUGUAAAAUAAAUCCAUCAUACAAAUGUUCAGGUCCUUAUCUUCAAAGUAACUUCACCACAACUAUAAGAGCAUAUUCAUCCCCCAAAGAUAAUGAUUCAAUCCCAUGGUAUCUCCGAGAUGAGAAUACAUCUAAAGCAGAACCCAUGUAUUCAAACGAAAUCAUUGAAUUCCCCAAAAGUUCAUCCCAAGCAUUGAAAGAUUUUUCAAUAUUACUAAAGGAAAAAUAUGGUUUAAUUGAUUUUAUAAUAAUUGAUUUAUCGUUACUUCCUCUGGAUCAUCCCAAAAGUACAGAGAACCAAUCUCAUGAAAAGUAUAUAAUCGUCACAUCAGGUAAGUCAGAGAAGCACAUAUAUAAAGCAUCGUACGAUUUGAAGCAAUACAUGAAACAAAAGUUUGGAUAUACUCCACGAAUAGACGGUAUGGUAUCAAAUUCUGUUAGUGCUACAACUCGAAGACGACUAGCUAAAAGAGCUAGACAGGGACCACCGGCUACUCAUAGCACUUUUGGAAUUGGACCAAAUUCUUGGGUUAGAUGUGAGACUGGAAUUGAUGGGGCUGUCUUACAUAUUUUAAGCCCUGAAAGAAGAUCAGAGUUGAGAAUAGAGGAGAUUUAUGGAGAAGUUUAUGAUCUUGCUGAAACCAUCCCAUAUAAUAAAUAUCGUAACGAGGACAAAAAUGACAUAUUCUUUGGCUUAAGACAAGGCUUUCAUACAAGUACAAGGCAUAAUAAUAAUCUCGAAGAUUUGAAUAUCGUACCCAUCAAACCAGAUUUCCUUCUUAAAGAAGUCGAGAACAGAAAAAGUCAUCAACAGAAUAGACUGAGCAAUGAAAAUUUGGAAACUUACAACAAAAAAUUCUAUCAUUAUAAAAUUUUGACAUUUACAAAUCCCAGUGGUUAUUCCAUACAGGAUGCGGAGAAUGUUUUGUUAGAUAAACAUUCCUCUUUUCAUUUAGCUGCUGAGGAUAUUGAUUGGAACCAAGAAAUAGUUGAUGAUGUCAUCAGGUAUAUGGAAUUAUUGUUAGAUGUUCCAAGUGGAUUAAACGCAACUGAGAAAUUAUCUAAAUUAUCGAAUUUCCUUUCCAAAAUUGCUGCUUUUAAAACUGAUGAGCUUCAUUUUUUUGCUGUUGACAAAUUUCAAACUUUGCUAUGGUCCUUAACAUGUAAUGAAUACAUUCAAACGGAUGGUGCCAAAAUUGACUCAAUAAUACAAUCCAAAGGGGAAGGCAUUGAAGUUGAACACAAACCUUGUAUACAGGAUGCAAGGUCUGCUCAAAAUGUCAGGGAAUUAAUUAGGCAAAUUAAUUUUUCUCAUAGAGGUCAAGUUCCGCUUUGGUUAAGAGAGCAUAUGCUUUGUACUUAUGCGAAUUGUAAAAACUGGGUUUACUUUUGGAAGGAAUGGAAAUCAAUAAUGCAAUCUUUGGUUGAUCCAAAAGACUUUUUACAAAUGUUUACUAAGGUUGUGAUACUUUUGACUAUCAUAAACGAUAAAAUAGCUUUACGAGAUUUUUUUAACAAUUAUUGGAAUAAUCCUGAUGGACCAUCGUUUUUAACAGAACUUUCGAAAAAUGAAAAUCAAUUCAGUUCUACGAAUGAAGAGUUGGCUUUGCGGAAAGCAUCGACUGUCAUCAGAAAUAGAUACCCUACCAGUAAAUGGUCUGAACUUGUUUCAAACUUUUAA